GCGAGAGAGAGAGAGAGAGAGAGAGAAUCUGCAGCUAGGAGAGGUCCCCUGACCUCAGGGUAGGACCUAAGAAGAGCGAGGUUCUGGUGAGAGAACAUGUGUUCCCAAGAAUCGCUCUCUCACUUUCUGAAGAACAGGAGACUUCAAUAUACCAGGACCCACGAAGGAUCAGUGGAACAAAUUCCGAGGCCUGCCCCUAGGACUUAUGUGGCACCCCGGGAGAUUAAACUCCUCUGGGAGGCCCCGGAACAUAGAAGAGGUCUGGGCAACAAACAGUUUAGCAUAGAAGAGCUAUCUCAUGGCAAGAAGAAACCAGAGCAUCUUCCACGGCUUACAAGCUCUGUUAGUGAGGACCACUCCCCUGACCCUAAAGGCUGUCUGAACACAGUCUCCAAAAGGUUCCAGCGGGGUGACUCUGUGGAAGGCCAGGGACACAGGCGGACAUUUGUCGGACACUUGGGUUUGCCGAAGAACAGUCCCGAGGCAGUGACAGCGUGGGAGGCCCAGGUGAACAGGAGAACAAUGGCGUUGCUUGGCAAAGUCAGGAAGCAAACGGAGAAAACCCCAAACCCAGAAGAUGCCAGGCAGCUCCUGGAGCUAGAGGUGGUUGUGAACAACAAAAACCCAACCAAGAAAUGUCAGCAGCUACAGAACCGAGAGGAUCUGAGGAGGGACCAUCUGGAAGGAGGAGGGGACAUAGAACUCAGACAGCCACGAGGACCCUACAGAUGCGGCAAACACGUUGCUCCUUUAGAAGAAAAUAGCUUUUUGCAGGGCCAGAAGAUCAAGCCCCAGUCUAGACGUCCAACACAGGCAGUGCUCUCUCCAUCAGUUAGAGAGGAGAAGCCUGGAAAAAAGCUGAAGCCGGAGCCAUCAGGGCAAGACACACUGGAAGACAUGAAAGCUUCCAAAGAAAGGGAAGCACAACCUCAAUUCCUGCAGGAACAUACUUUCCUGGAGGGACCAUCAAGGGUAUUGGACCAGAAUCUGCUGGCAGAAGCCAAAUCCCAGCUUCUAAACAGGAGGAAGAUGCAGGCCUUGGAAGUGGCCAAAUCUCAUGAUAAAGAAUUCUGGGUGUUUGGCACCAGACAGAAAAUACAGUUGUCUUUUCAGGACAGCAAACAGGGUGCUGCUUCAGAAAGAAACAGAGUGAGGCAUAAGUGGCAGCCUAGGGAGGAAGACUGGGACCCCACAAUUCAGGGGACCCCAGUCAUUCUUGCAGCUCGUGCACACAGCUACCAGGGAUCAAAAGACAGGUGUGCUUCAAAGACCAGGCUGACUUUGAGGAAAGGUAAAUCAAUCAUCACCUAUUCAUAAGUGCUGUGCAUUCUAUGAGAUUGGUUUAUGUUUAGGUAGAUGCGAAUGCUUAUUGUAAGCAUUGCAUCUUGAAUGGAAAGCUCUCCUGGGAGUCAGGAGCCAAGGAAUACCACAGAGUCACUGUAAGUGUAGCAGCUUACAGCCCUGCUCCAGGGAAAGGUUUUCCCAAUGCACGUGUUAUAGCUCUGUUCAGGUCCCCCGGGAGUGUUACAAUUCUGCUUUCCUAGGGGAAAGUUUCUCCAGGGAAAAUAUUACAGUCCCGCUCUGCUCUGACUUUGGCACAAAUAAAUUGUUAAAGCUGGGUUCUAUCCAGUGAAAAGUGUCACACUGCUCAGGAAAGAAAGGGAAAAAUCCAGGAGGGUGGUUGCUUCUAGGGUGAGAAACAGCAGCAAACUGAGCGGGGUACAGAGCUUAUAUAGGAUGUCUUGUGGGAUGGAGCUUCCCAGGGUGAUAUGGGAUCAGAGGAAUUUUGUAGUCUGAUUCUGGGGCAAGCUCAGAGUUGGUUUUCCUUCCUUCCUUCCUUCCUUCCUUCCUUCCUUCCUUCCUUCCUUCCUUCCUUCCUUCCCUCCUUC